UGGCCUGGAGAACGCCCAUGGGCACCACACGGCCGAGAUGAGCAGUGGGCAGCUGGUCGUGCGGAGGGGGCAGCCCUUCACCCUCACCCUCCACUUCCACUCCAGGAAUUACGAGACGGGCUCCGAUUCCAUGCACCUGGUUGCAGAGACAGGGCCAGGGCCAGAGCGGGCCAUCUUCCUGGUGAGUCUGAGCCAGCCACACAGCAGGGAGGCCUGGAGAGCCAGCGCAGUGCCCAGCGGCCCCCAGUCCACAGAUGUCGCCAUCUCUGCCCCCGCAGAGGCCCCUGUCGGGCAGUACCAGCUGAACAUCCACUUUGACUCCGGCCAGGGCAUGUCGUCAUCCUACCAGCUGGGCAAAAUCCUCCUCCUCUUCAAUGCUUGGUGUCCAGAAGACGACGUCUACCUGGAAAGCGAGGCCGAGAGGCAGGAAUACGUGAUGAACGAGCACGGCGUCAUCUUCCACGGAAACAGGAACUGGAUCCACCCAGUUCCCUGGAACUACGGCCAGUUCGAUGAGGAGACGGUUGGCAUCUGCCUGAAGCUGCUGGACAGCAACCUGCAGUUCCGUCACCACCCGGUGCAGGACUCUGCCCUGCGCAGCAGCCCUGUCUACGUCAGCCGGGUGCUGAGCGCCAUGGUCAACAGCAAUGACGACUCUGGGGUCCUCCUGGGCAACUGGGGUGAGGACUAUUCCGGGGGCACCCGCCCCAGUGAGUGGAACAGCAGCAUCCCCAUCCUCAAGCAGUGGGAGCGCUCCGGAGGGCAGCCAGUCAAGUAUGGGCAGUGCUGGGUCUUUGCAGCUGUGAUGUGCACAGUGAUGCGUAGCCUCGGGAUCCCAACGCGGGUGGUGACGAACUUCGACUCGGGCCACGAGAAGGACGGCAACCUGGUUAUCGACGUCUACUACGACAACACCGGGCAGCUGCUGCCCCGGGAGAGCAAGGACAGCAUCUGGAACUUCCACGUCUGGAACGAGUGCUGGAUGGUGCGCAGGGAUCUGCCCCCUGGGUACGACGGCUGGCAGGUCUUGGAUGCCACCCCGCAGGAGUCCAGCAACGGGCUGUACCGCUGUGGGCCGGCGCCCGUCAAAGCCAUCCGGAACGGCGACAUCCACCUGCGCUAUGACACCCCCUUUGUGUUCUCCAUGGUCAACGCAGACCGGGUGGUUUGGCUGCUCUCCGGGACGAGGAGAGAGAAGCUCCAGUGGAACCCAAGCGCCGUGGGGAACUACAUCAGCACCAAGGCCGUGGGAAGUGAGGAGCGAGAAGACAUCACACACACCUACAAGCACCAGGAAGAAAAGCGCCUCCCCUGGCACCUCUCCUACCGACAGUACAGCCGGCACCUGCAGGAGGACAAGCAGAUCCGGGUGGUGGCCAUAGGGGAGGAGAACACCUCCUGGCAGAAGGCCCUGGCGGAGAAGACCAUCACGGUGGCCACCCCCUCCCUCCUGAUCCACGUGUUGUCUCCCGUGGUGCUGGACCAGCCCUUCCGGCUCCGAGUGGAGCUUACCAACCCCCUGCCCGAAGCCGUCAGCGAUGGCCUCCUGACUGUGGAGGGGGCUGGUCUGGUGCGAGGCCAAGCCCAGAUAGAGUUGGGCUUCCUGCCUGCCAGACAGCAGGCCAGCCUCACCCUCCAGCUGGUCCCCUACAAGAGUGGUCCUCGGCAGCUGCAUCUCACGCUCAGGAGCAGCCUCUUCCCCCCCCUGAAAGGACACAAGCAGCUGCAGGUGGCCGAAGACGGCUGGAGGACCGGCUGGCUGCCUUAG